CCCAUCUCUCCUGUUACCCCACUCCCUACCACUUUCUCCCUUUAAUUUGUUGCUGAAACCAUCAUCAAAUCAACCAAUUCAUCUCCUUUUAAUUUGUUGUUGAGACCAGAAAAGUAUAGGGAUGAGACCAGAAAAGUAUAGGGAUGACUUUUCCGGUCAGAUUCCGUUUUCCAUUAACAAUUUGAAACGGUUAAGUGAACUUAGGUUAGAGAACAACAAUUUUUCCGGUCAGCUUCCGAGUAUAAACCUAGCGAGUUUAUCCGAUUUAAACGUCAGCAGAAGCCAAAAGGUGAGAGAAACAAGCUAAUGUUCUUCGACGGAAGAAUAUACAGCUUCGAUUUGGAGGAUUUGUUGCGAGCAUCGGUGGAGGUGUUAGGUAAGGGUAGCGUAGGGACGUCGUACAAGGCGGUGCUGGAAGAAGGUACGACGGUGGUGGUGAAGCGGGUGAAAGAUGUGGUGGUUACGGAGAAGGAGUUUGAGGCACAAAUGGAGAUUUUGGGGAAGAUGAAGAACGGAAAUGUGGUUCCGUUGAGAGCUUUUUAUUAUUCAAAGGAUGAGAAAUUGCUUGUUUCUGAUUUCAUGCCUGCUGGUAGCUUAUAUGCUCUUCUUCAUGAAUAUGUUGCAGGGUACAAGUGUUACUGCAUUGUGUACAAGUUGAAUACCUUUUAGCAACUUUUCACUUGGAUUAAUGUACAACCGUGAAUGCCUAUUGCCUGUCAAUAUGCUGCUAUGAGAUGAAUUAGUUGAUUUGAUGAUGGUUGCAACAACAAAUUAAAAGGAGAAAGUGACAGGGAGUGGGGUAACAGUGGAGAUGAAGGAUUGUCUAUAUAAUAUUUUUUUUCU